AUGGCGGACCCCCGUUUUGCUCAAAUUGAUCGUUUGGCGGGCCGUGAUAAUUAUCCUACAUGGAGUUUUGCGGUGAAAACCUUUUUAGAGCAUGAAGAUUUGUGGAAAUGUGUCGAGACAUCGGGCAUGGCUUUUACGAAGACCGAAGAUACGAAGGCAAGGUCAAAAAUAGUUCUUCUAGUUGACCCUAUGAACUAUGUUCAUAUCCAGGAUGCCACCACGGCUAAGGAGGUAUGGGAUAACCUGAGAAAGGCUUUUGAUGACUCCGGCUUGUUGAGGAAGGUAGGUCUUCUGCGAGAACUAAUUACUACAGAUCUGGAAAGUUGUGGUAGUGUUGAGAACUAUGUCAACAAAAUCAUCACAUGCGCACACAAGCUUCGUAAUAUAAAAUUCAUUGUAGAUGAUGAGUGGCUCGGCACAUUAUUAUUAGCCGGGUUACCAGAGUCAUAUAGGCCUAUGAUUAUGGCUAUGGAAAGCUCAGGUGUGUCCAUCACUGCUGAUUUAGUUAAAACAAAGAUUUUACAGGAUGUAAAGUCUCCGGACAACUCAUCUGUUUUUUUUUUCAAAUUUCCACAAAGGCAAGGCAAAGAAUACUAUGUUGCAGCGUUUCCAGCCUCACCAAGCCUAGAGAGUGGAUGCUGGUACAUUGAUUCAGGAGCUGCAAUGCACAUGACAAACAAGAGAGAUUGGCUUUAUGACUACGGACCUGCUUUAGUAACAAACAUUAAAGUUGCAGACAACAAAAUAUUAACAGUAAAAGGCUGUGGUAAAGUAAAUAUAGAAACAUAUGAUGGUGAAAGUGAAUUAAAAAUUGGUACAAUACAAGUAAAAAAUGUUUUAUAUGUGCCAGAUUUGGCUGUUAAUCUUCUGUCAGUCCGCCAAAUGACACAGAAUAACUGUCAAGUAAAAUUUAGCAAGAAUACAUGUAAUGUUUAUAAAGAGUCUAAAUUGAUUCUCACUGGAUAUAUAAAGAACAAUUUAUAUGUGGUUCAUAAUGAAACUUAUGCUUUGAUGUCAUCUGUACAUCUAUGGCAUCAAAGGAUGGGUCAUCUAAAUUAUAAUGAUCUUCAGAAACUUAAUGAGUCUACAGAAGGAGCAGAUAUAGAAUCAAGUAGAGAGGAGCAUGUGGUAUGUAAUACUUGCUUGAAAGGUAAGCAAACAAGGCAACCAUUCAAACAUGCUGGCACAAGGGCUUCUGCCCUCCUGGAGUUGGUGCAUUCAGACGUAUGUGGGCCAAUGGAGGAAAAGUCUCUCGGUGGUGCCAGAUAUUAUGUCACUUUUGUCGACGAUUGGUCUAGAAAGGUAUUUGUUUACUUUAUCAGCUCUAAAUCACAAGUACUCGAAAAGUUUAAAGAUUUUAAGCUACUAGUAGAGAAUCAAUUAAAUGCUAAAAUUAAAACACUAAGAUCUGACAAUGGAAAGGAGUAUGUCAAUGAAGCAUUUGAUAAGGUUUGUAGGGAUUCUGGUAUCAAACGUCAACUCACUAUACCCUAUACCCCCGAACAGAACGGCAUGAGUGAGAGGAUGAACCGAACUUUAACAGAACGUGCUAAAUGUAUGCUUAUUAAUUCUGGCCUACCUAAGAAGUUUUGGGCUGAGGCAGUAGCCACUGCUGCAUAUGUUAUCAAUCGCUCACCAACAAAGUCUUUACAAUAUAAAACUCCUGAGGAAUUAUGGUCCGGCAUUAAACCUAAUAUCAGUAACAUUAAAGUGUUUGGUUGCAGAGCUAUGAUGCAUGUGCCAAAGGAGAAGAGGUUAAAAUGGGACUGUAAGUCAAAAGAGCUUAUAUUUGUAGGUUAUUGUCUAGAGUCCAAGGGUUAUAGAUUGUUUGACAAAACUGAAGGAAAAGUAAUGAGAAGCAGAGAUGUAAUAUUCCUAGAAGAAAGUGUAAAUAAAGAUUUUGCUUUUCUACCACUUACUGAAUCGCAAGUAGUUAUAAAUGAAGAUAAUUUAGAUGAUACUACUGACAUGACUUUAAAGGAAAUUGAUAGUGCAGUCUGUGCAAGUGAUGAUGAUUAUGUCCCGGAGCAUUCUAUAUCCAGGAGUGAAUCCCCUAUAAACAGAAUUAAUUUAAGGCCUAGAAAACACAGAGCUAUGCCUACCUUCCUCUGUCAGAAUGAAAUUGAGAAAUCUAUUGAGUCAGAUCCUGAAACAUUGGAGCAAGCCUUGCAAUGUGAAAACUCACAAAAAUGGAUAAGUGCCAUGGAUGAUGAAUACAAUUCAUUAUUGGAAAAUAAUACAUGGACUCUGUCAAAACUCCCUUAUGGAAGGGUUGCUAUUCCCUGCAGAUGGGUAUUUAAAACUAAAAUAGAUGGCGAUGGAAACGUCACAAGAUAUAAGGCGAGAUUGGUUAUAAAAGGUUAUCAGCAGAAACAAUAUAUAGAUUACAAUGAAGUCUACGCACCUGUUGUGAGAUUAAGUUCCAUUAGAUACCUGCUUGCAAUAGCAGCUAAAUAUCAGCUCAAGAUAGAACAGCUGGAUGCCGUCACAGCAUUUUUACAGGGUGACAUAGAUGUGGAGCUAUACAUGUCACAACCAUCCAGAUAUGAUAAUGGGACAAAAGAAGUUUGCAAAUUGAAUAAAUCAAUAUAUGGUUUGAAGCAAGCCAGUAGAACUUGGAACAAAAAGCUUGAUAAUUUUUUGAGUAGUAUUGGAUUUUCAAAAUCGAAUGUAGAUCCUUGUGUCUACUAUAAAUAUGAAAAUGAACAUGUUAUGUUUAUAACUAUAUAUGUUGAUGACAUUUUGUUGUUUCACAACUGUCAGGAGUCAGCAAACAAUAUAAAAAUAAAAAUGAAGAAUAAUUUCAAAAUGAAUGAGCUUGGAAUAGCUUAUUGUUAUAUUGGACUUUGUAUUUCAUACAGUUCAGAAGGAAUAGCCAUUGAUCAAACUAGGUACAUAGAAAAUACAUUAAGACGUUUUGGUAUGGAACAAUGUAACUCAGUAGGAACUCCAAUGGAACCGAAUAUCAAGUUUUCAAGUUCUGAAAAAUUUGAAAGUAUACCUUACCAGGAAGCCACUGGCUGCUUAUUAUACAUCUCACAAGGAACUAGGCCAGAUAUAUGCUAUGCAGUGCAUACAUUAUGUCGAUAUAAUAGUUCUCAUACAGAAGAGCAUUGGAAUGCUGUUAAGAGGUUAUUUCGAUACUUACAAGGUACAAAGUAUCUACAGCUUGUAUACAAAAGUAAUGUUGAUGAAGAAAUCACUGGAUACUCAGACUCUGAUUGGGCUUCCUGUACUGAAGACAGAAAAUCAUGUACUGGGUACAUUUUUAAUUUCCAGGGUGCAGCGAUAUCUUGGAAUUCAAAAAGGCAGCAAACUGUUGCCUUGUCUACUACUGAGGCAGAGUAUAUGGCGCUCUCAGCUGCUACUCAAGAAGCUAUGUGGCUGAGACAGUUGCACUGUGAACUGUGGCCUUCUUUAAAGGUUACACCUAUUACUUUGUACUGUGAUAAUCAAAGUGCUAUUAAACUUACAGGUACUUACAGUUAUCAUGCUAGGAGUAAACACAUUGAUGUUCGUCACCACUAUCUGAGGAACAAAGUUGAAUGUGGUGAUCUCAAGAUUGAAUAUGUGGGCACUGAUUCGAUGGUUGCUGACUGCCUCACCAAAGCGCUACCGAAGCCCAAACACCAGCACUUCCUCAUCGCUAUGGGUUUGCGUUCAAGGGAGGAUGUUAAACUGAACGCAACCACUUAA